AGGUGCUCCGCGGUAUUUUAACUCGAACUUCACUUUCGGAUUUCCUCAACUUCACUUCGACCACUCCUUUCAAUCGUCCAUCAUGCUUUCGAACCUUCUUCAAGUUCCUCUUGGCUGGCUCAGAACUGAGGCACGAUCUGAAACAAGUGCAUGGAUUAUCCUUUCAUUGACUUUCCUAGGAUUCAUCACCCUCGCUAAAUAUCCAAUCUCUCUAAUCCGCCUCUUACUUACAUUCACACCACUUUCUAAACCGUUCAGAUUACAAUUAUCAAGUUUAUCAAAGAACAAAUUAAACAAAGAUGGUCCGUCAAAUUGGGCGGUGAUCACAGGUCCAACAGGUGGAAUUGGAAAAGAAUUUGCUUUACAACUUUCUAAAGCUGGUUUUAGUUUAUUUUUGAUUGGUAGAAAUCCAUCUAAAUUAACCACUCUUGAAAAUGAAUUAAAAUCGACCAUGAAGAGUUCAAAUCAAAUUAAAUCUCAUCCGAUCGAUCUCGAAAACGCUUCAGAAUCAGAUUGGAGUUCACUUCAAGAAGCUUUAUCAUCAGCAGCCAAGAUUGCACCUAUCUCAGUCCUCAUCAAUAAUGCAGGAUUAUCUCAUGCUUCACCAGUCGAAUUUGAAUCGACUCCUCUAGAUGAACUCAAGUCAAUCACAGCUGUUAAUGUGAUCGCUCCAGUACGAUUAACCAAAAUGACGUUACCAUUCAUGUUACCUCAAAAGGCUGGUCUUAUCCUUAAUGUUGGAAGUUUUAGUGCACUUGUACCUACUCCUAUGCUUGCCACUUAUGCUGGGAGUAAAGGGUUUCUUUAUACUUGGUCACAAGCUCUUGGUACUGAACUAAAACCAAAAGGAAUUCAUGUUCGAUUAUUGAAUACUUAUUUCGUGGCUUCAGAGAUGUCCAAGAUAAGAAAAUCGAGUUUUAUGAUCCCAUCACCCAAGACCUACGUGAAAAGUGUACUUGAUACGAUAGGCUUACAAGGAGGAGCGAUUGGAAAAGCGUAUAUUUCAACUGGUUAUUUAGCUCAUGCACUCGUUCAAUGGUUUGUGGAUCGAUUUGGAACCGAGAAUUUUUGGUUACAAUAUAAUCUUAAUCUUCAACGUUCAAUUGCUCGUCGAGUUGAACUUAAACGAAUUCGAAUGGAAAAAUCGAAGAAAGAUCAAUAAUCUAUAUCUAAAAUCAACAUAUUUAACUACAGGGGGUUUUAAUGGCUCUAUGUUUUUUGUAAUUUGUGAUGAUUUUACAGGUAUCACAUUUUUCUGAAAAGGCCUUUUUUGAUGAAAAUAUCAUAUAUCUUAUUCAGCUUGUAAAUUCCCCAAAUAUAUCGCAUACUCAAUACAAGAGAAUGAACAAAACAGUUUUGUAU